GGCCUGAAACACAGUGGGCCUGGCCCUUUUUUCCUUUUGUCCUGGACCUGCUGGUUGCCCCUGUGCCUCUGGGGCACGUGGCCUUCGGGCCACCCACUCCAUUCUUCCUGCCUGCAUUCUCCUCCACGUGACGUGCUCCUGGUACACGUGGUUGGAACAGUCAAAAGUCAGCAGAUUUAAGUAGAAAUUUGGUCACUCUACACACAAGGCAAACUAGAAGUCUUACCUCCAAAGAGGAAUUGAAUUCAGCGUUGGAGCAGUAAAUUACUGCAUUGUGUGAGCUCCUGACAGCAUGGAGAGAAGAGAGCAAGCUGGGAGAACCAGGAAUGAAAGAGUUUUGAACUGCAUAUACCAAAAUCCUAAUGCAAUUUUUAAGCUGAUUUGCUUUCCCUGGGCAGGAGGUGGCUCCACUUAUUUUGCCAAAUGGGGCCAAAAAAUUCAUGACUCACUGGAAGUGCACUCUGUAAGGCUUGCUGGAAGAGAGAGCAGAUUUGAAGAACCUUUUGCAAGCGACAUGUACCAGAUAGUGGAUGAAAUCGUUUGUGCUCUGCUGCCAAUCAUCCAGGAUAAGCCAUUUGCAUUUUUUGGCCACAGCAUGGGAUCCUAUAUUGCUUUCAUGACGGCACUGUACCUAAAAGAAAAUCACAAGCUAGAACCGAUGCACUUCUUCGUGUCAAGUACAACUCCUCCUCAUUCCAAAGACAGGUUUCAAGUUCCCAAAAGUAACGAGCUGUCAGAAGAGGAGCUGAGCCGGUAUCUUGUGGACUUCGGCGGCACUCCCCAGGACUGCCUUGACGACAAGGAGUUUUUCCAGCAAUACGCUCCCGUGCUGCUGGCGGAUGCUGACAUUAUGCGUAAUUACACCUUUGACGCACCCUCCAAGGCUGUCAUUUCUUGUGACUUAACAUGUUUCCUGGGCUCUGAUGAUAUUGCAAAGGAUAUGCAAGCCUGGAAAGACAUAACCAGUGGAAGUCUUGACGUUCAUGUGCUUCCUGGAGACCACUUUUAUCUUAAGGAACCUGCCAAUGAGAAUUUCAUCAAGAACUACAUAGCCAAGUGUCUGGAACUAUCGUCGCUUACUAAUUGUUAGAUCUCUUCCUUGUAGUCUUAAAAUAGUCCAGGUGUCCGCACGCUACGCUUCUCAGUUACUCAGAUGUAUGCUUAAUCGUUUUCUUCAGAGAUCGGAAAUUACACACUUGCUACUCAGGGUGAUUUGUUAAACAUAAAUCUAUUUCCUCAUGAAGCAUGUGUGUACCUGGGGACAAAAGUCAGAGAGACAACAAACACUUCUGACGAAGCCCUUUGUCUUCAUGUUAGAAUCUCACUUGAUUCUCUUCUGGGGGAAGUGUGCAAAAUCCUGCUUGGUAAAUUAGCCAUUUAUUUGCUUCAAUUAUUUAAUGGUGAAAGUGAUUAACAAGGGAAAUGUUUGAAAUUAUUGUUCGACCAAAACACUGUGGGCUCAAAGUUUGAUCUAAUCUUUAGAAAUAUAGGGGAGCCCAUUUAAUAAGAAAAUUUAAACUACCACUUUGUGAAAAGAAGAUGGCCCUAAAUCAGUUGUUGUCAUGUGUACCAGCAAGUCCUCAGCAUGCCUACAACCCUGGCCCUCCUUCUACACCAACUGCCUGUUGGCCGUGUGGUGCCCUGCUACCCUGGCAAAGACUGGCUGGGGCCCACAGUGAGCCCUCCCAGUGACAGCAAGCCCACAGUCUGGCCCGUGGUGUAGGGGGUGACCAAGCACAAAUGCCAUUCCAGCCAGGCUGCCUUGGCGUCACUCUGUGACAACUGAAACCUGGCAUAGGGAGAAGGCAGAAGCUGGAAACAAACAGGAACCAAGAGAAAAAGGAAAGCUUUAGAAGAGUCAGAGUAACAGUAGCACACUACAAAUGGGAUCCACAGAUUGCUACUGAAGGGGGCGAACAGUCACGGCACCUCUGGAGCCACACAGCCCCUGACCUCUGUCACCUUCCAAACCACAUCAGCCUCUUCAAGGCCUGACCAUGCAAUCAGAUCCCCCUGAUUUGCCUGUUUCCUUCAGCUCUUCACAAUAAAGUCUACUACUUACUGCAACCAACGCCUCUUCCUUACAUAGAAUUGCAUAUUAAAGUGCUACAUAGGAAAUGUGAAAGCAUCAGUGUGUUUAUGAACAUACAAUAUGGCUUCAUAUUUUUGUUAUUGUUUUAAGUAAUGUGCAUACAGUCUUAGUAAGAUUAAGAAAAGUACACACAGGAAACAUUCCUCCUAAUAGGUCAUUCCUUUUUA